AUGACCGCCGCUUCAAACGUUGACGGAGCUACGGGACUCGCGAGGAGACCGGAAUGCGCAUACAGGAGGGACGGAAUACGAAUUUUUGCUCUAAUGAAGGCAGGAGUGCACGCGCACCAUUGGAGCCUGCUGUUCUUAUAUAUGGGGCUACUGGUCGCCUCAGUAAAGGCUCAGAACUGCAGUUACACACUACACAGUCCCAAUGGGACAAUAGAGAGCCCUGGCUACCCAUACGGCUAUCCUAACUAUGCCAACUGUACAUGGGUGAUUGUGGCGGCGGAGCACAACCGGAUACAGCUGGUGUUUCAAGGCUUCGCCCUGGAGGAGGAUUUUGACAUCUUGUCUGUAUAUGAUGGGCCACCGAGCCCGGGGAACCUGCGGACACGGUUAACGGGGUUCCAGCUGCCUUCACCCAUAGUGAGUACAGGCUCCAGGAUCACACUGUGGCUACUGUCAGACUAUGCAGUCAGCGGGCAGGGAUUUAAAGCUGUCUAUGAAGCUCUACCAAGCUACACAUGUGGUAAUCCUGGACAGCUGCUCAAUGGCCACCAGCAGGGGUCCACGUUCAACAUUGGGGACAAAAUCCGCUACAGCUGCAGCCCGGGCUAUGUGCUCGAGGGUCACACCACCCUGUCUUGCCUUGCCACUUCAGCGGGUACUGCUGCCUGGGAUUUCCCCCUUCCCUACUGCAGAGCAGAUGAUGGGUGUGGUGGAACACUGCGGGGCCAGAGUGGAGUCAUCACAACUCCCAAUUACCCAGCUGAGUACAACAACAACGCCGACUGCACCUGGACUGUGCUCGCCGAGCCAGGAGAUACCAUUGCCCUGGUUUUCUCUGACUUUCAGCUGGAGGAUGACUACGACCUACUGGAGGUCAGCGGCACUGAGGGCUCUUCACAGUGGUUUACUGGCCCCAACCUCCCCUCACCCAUCAUAAGCAGCAAGAACUGGCUGCGACUACACUUCACAUCGGAUGGGAACCACAAGCUGAGAGGUUUCAGCGCCCAGUAUCAAGUUAAGAAGAUGACAGAACUGAAGUCUAGAGGUGUGAAGAUGUUGCCCAGCAAGGACAACAACCACAAGAUAUCAGUGUUGUCUCAGAUGGGUGUAGCGCAGGGACACAACAUGUGUCCAGACCCUGGGAUCCCAGAUCGUGGGAAAAGAAAAGGCUCAGACUUCAGGCGAGCAGCCACAGUGCAUUUCUCCUGCGACGAGGGAUAUGAACUGCAGGGCUCAAAGAGCAUUACGUGUCUCAGAGUGACUGACAGCUAUGUAGGCUGGAGUGAUGAUCGGCCCAUCUGCAGAGCACCAAUGUGCGGUGGCCAGUUGAGAGGACCGAGUGGUGUCAUCACUUCUCCCAACUACCCGGUCCAGUACGACAACAAUGCAAACUGCACAUGGUUGAUCACAUCGACGGAGACCUCCAAGGUGAUCAAGCUGACAUUUGAGGAUUUUGACCUGGAGCGAGGUUACGACACCCUGACUGUGGGAGACGGCGAGGUGGUGGGAGACCAGAAGACCAUCUUCCAUGUCCUGUCUGGAACCACUACUCCAGACCUUGUGGUCAGCACCAGUCACCAGAUGUGGCUCAAUUUCAAAACAGAUGACACCAGUGGCUCCCUGGGCUUCAAGGUGUCCUAUGAAGAAAUUGACCAAGGCAGCUGUGGAGAUCCUGGAAUCCCAGCUUAUGGUAAACGUGAGGGGACAGGUUUUCGCCGGGACAAACUGUACUUUGAGUGUCUGCCUGCCUUUGAGCUGGUCGGAAAGAAGAACAUCACCUGCCAGAAGAACAACCAGUGGUCUGCUAAGAAACCCAGCUGUGUUUUCUCCUGUUUCUUCAACUUUACCACUCCGUCAGGGGUACUUCUGUCUCCAAACUACCCGCAGGAGUACGGCAACAACAUGCACUGUGUGUGGCUGAUCAUCACCAACCCUGAGAGCCGAAUCAAUUUGGCCUUCAAUGACCUCAGCAUGGAGAAACAGUUUGACUUCCUCUCCAUCAAGGACGGCGGAAAGGCUGAGUCACCUAUCCUGGGAACCUUCUCCGGUGACGUCCUGCCUCCUUCUUUAACAACCAGUGCCCAUGUGGCCCGUCUGGAGUUCCUCACAGACCACACCUAUACAGACCGAGGCUUUAACAUCACAUUUACAACCUUUCGCCAUAAUGAGUGCCCAGACCCAGGAGUUCCAGUGAAUGGGAAGCGUUUUGGGGAGAGCCUUCAGCUGGGCAGUUCCAUCUCCUUUCUGUGUGAGGAGGGAUUUGUAAAGACCCAUGGCUCCCAAACCAUUUCCUGCAUUCUCAAGGAUGGCAACGUGGUGUGGGAUAACGCAGUUCCUCGUUGUGAAGCCCCAUGUGGGGGGGAUCUGAAGGCUCCCAGUGGGAUCAUCCUCUCCCCUGGCUGGCCGGAACUCUAUAAGGAGGCCCUUAACUGUGAAUGGAUCAUUGAGGCUCCUCCAGGCUACCCCAUCAAGAUCAUCUUCGACAAGUUUCGUACAGAGGUCAACUAUGACGUCCUAGAGGUGCGCGAUGGACGUUUUCCCUCAUCACCUCUAAUUGGUAGUUACCAGGGCACCCAGGUUCCCCAGUUCCUCAUUAGCACCUCCAGCUUCCUCUAUCUUCUCUUCUCGACUGACAAGAGCCACUCUGACAUCGGCUUCCGCAUACGUUAUGAAACCCUGCAGUUACAGUCAGAUCACUGCGUGGACCCUGGUAUACCUGUCAAUGGACAGCGGCAUGGCAACGACUUCUAUGUGGGCGCUUUGGUGACAUUUAGCUGCGAGGCGGGCUAUACCCUCAGUGACACGGAGCCAUUAGAAUGUGAACCCAAUUUUCAGUGGAGCCGCCCACUGCCUAGCUGUGAUGCACUGUGUGGAGGUUAUAUCCAGGGCAACUUUGGCACCAUCCUGUCACCGGGCUUCCCAGACUUCUACCCGCACAACCUGAACUGCACAUGGAUAAUCGAGACCUCCCAUGGCAAAGGUGUCCAGUUCACCUUCCAUACCUUCCAUCUUGAGAGCCCCCACGACCACUUGUUGGUGACAGAGAACAGCAGCUUCUCUCAGCCUCUGUGGAGACUGACGGGCUCCACACUGCCUCCACCUCUCAGUGCAGGCCUGUUUGGAAACUACACGGCUCAGAUCCGCUUUCUCUCUGACUUCUCUGUUUCUUAUGAGGGAUUCAACAUCACUUUCUCAGAGUAUGAUUUGGAGCCCUGCGAGGAUCCUGGGAUACCUCCCUACAGCACCAGAAAAGGCCUGCAGUACGGAGUGGGUGAUGCCCUCAUCUUCUCUUGUUUCCCGGGUUACCGCCUGGAGGGUCCUGCAAGGGUGAUUUGCUUAGGGGGCAGGAGGCGGGUGUGGAGCUCACCUCUGCCAAGGUGUGUUGCUGAAUGUGGCUCAUCCGUGACUGGCAUGCAAGGGGUGCUACUCUCACCCAACUACCCCGGUUACUACGGCAACAACCACGAGUGCAUCUACUCCAUACAGACCCAGCCUGGCAAAGGCAUCCAGCUACGAGCACGAGACUUCAGACUGGAGGAGGAUGACAUGCUUAAAGUCUUUGAUGGCAACAGUAAUAAGGCCCGUAUGCUGGGGGUCUUCACAGGCAGCGAGAUGCUAGAAACAACCCUCAACUCAACUUCCAGCUCCAUGUGGCUGGAGUUCAUCAGCAAUGCGGAUAACACCAGCAAAGGCUUUGAACUGCACUUCAUUAGUUUCGAGCUGGUGAAAUGUGAGGAUCCAGGUGUCCCCCAGUUUGGCUUCAAGAGGGAAGAUAAGGGUCAUUUUGCAGGGAGCACUGUGUCCUAUAGCUGUGAUCCGGGCUACACACUGAAAGGCCCAGAGGUGCUCACCUGCUUGAGGGGAGAAAGGAGGGCAUGGGACAACCCCCUCCCACUCUGUAUGGCUGAGUGUGGUGGCACCAUCAUGAAUGAGCCUUCUGGUCGCAUACUGUCUCCAGGCUACCCGGCUCCAUAUGAACACAACCUGCACUGUGUGUGGAGCGUUGAAGCCGCCCCUGGAAGCACCAUUAGCCUGCAUUUCCUGGUUUUCCACACGGAGGAGGUCCAUGAUGUACUUCGAAUCUGGGAUGGGCCCCAGGAUGGAGGGGUCCUACUAAGAGAGCUGAGUGGCUCGGUGCUGCCCCCGGAUGCCCACAGCACCUUCAACACUGUCAGCCUGCAGUUCACCACAGACUUCUUCACCAGCAAACAGGGCUUUGCUUUGCAGUUCUCUGUCUCUACUGCGACCUCCUGCAAUGACCCAGGCCUGCCAACAAAUGGGACCCGCAGUGGGGACAGCAGGAAGCCUGGGGACCAUGUGGCGUUCCAGUGUGAUCCCGGCUACAUCCUGCAGGGUGCCAACAGGAUCAUCUGCACUGAGAUCAACGGCCGCUUCUUCUGGCAGCCGGACCCUCCUACAUGCACAGCUCCGUGCGGUGGGAACCUGACAGGUCCUAGUGGGCUGAUUCUGUCUCCAGACUAUCCUGAACCCUAUCCGCAUGGCAGAGAGUGUGACUGGAGAGUUACCGUGACACUGGACUAUGUCAUCGCUUUAAGCUUUAACCAAUUCAGCUUGGAGCCCAGUUAUGACUUCUUGCAUAUCUAUGAUGGGCCGGACUCUCUCAGCCCCUUGCUGGGUAGCUUUUAUGGCGCAGACGUUCCCGAUCGCAUCGAAAGCAGCUCCAACACUCUAUUCUUGGCCUUUCGCAGUGAUGCUUCUCUCAGCAGCAAUGGAUUUGUGCUUCAGUACACAGAGAACCCCAGGGAGUCCUGCUUCGAGCCAGGCGUGGUGCGCAAUGGGACACGGGUGGGCACCGACCUCAAGCUGGGCUCCACUGUCACCUACCACUGUGACAGUGGCUACACACUAGAGGGAGACCAAACCCUCACUUGCAUCAUGGGGGGAGAUGGCAAGCCAAGUUGGAACAAGCCCAAACCCAUCUGCAUUGCUCCAUGUGGUGGACAGUACUCGGGUUUGGAGGGAGUAGUCUUAUCUCCUGGUUACCCUGGUAACUACAGCACUUCACGAACCUGUCUGUACUCUGUGGUGGUGCCCAAGGAUUACGUCGUCUUCAGUCAAUUCGCCUUCUUCCAGACAGCUCUGAAUGACAUUGUGGAGGUUUAUGAUGGGGCGACGCAGCACUCCCGUGUCCUCAGCUCCCUCUCUGGAGCACACACAGGCGAGUCAUUGCCAUUGGCAACCUCCAACCAAAUCCUGAUCCGCUUUACCUCCAAGGGCCAAUCCAGCUCCAGAGGAUUCCACCUGGUCUACCAGGCUGUGCCACGGACCAGUGCCACCCAGUGCAGCUCAGUCCCUGAGCCUCGCAAUGGCCGACGAAUGGGUAACAACUUUGCUGUUGGCGCUGUGAUCCGCUUUGAGUGCAGUCCAGGUUAUAUGCUGGAGGGAUCGGGCGCCAUUGAGUGUUUGACUGUUCCCAAUGCACUGGCUCAAUGGAACAGCUCAAUACCCAGCUGUAUAGUUCCAUGUGGAGGGAAUCUGACCCAUCGCACCGGCACCAUCUUAUCCCCUGGCUUUCCUGAGCCAUACCUUAACAGCCUCAACUGUGUCUGGAAGAUCACUGUUCCUGAGGGUUCAGGAAUCCAGAUCCAGGUAAUCAGCUUUGUCACUGAGCAGAACUGGGACUCGCUGGAGGUGUUUGAUGGAGGGGACAACACUGACACCAUGCUUGGCAGCUUCUCAGGCACCACAGUCCCGGCUCUUCUCAACAGCACCUCCAACCAGCUCUACCUCCACUUUUUCUCUGAUAUUAGCGUGUCUGCAGCUGGAUUCAGGCUGGAAUACAAAACUGUGUCUCUUACCAACUGUCCAGAGCCUGUGGUCCCUAUGAAUGGCAUCAAGGUUGGGGAGCGUCUUCAGAUGAAUAACGUGGUGUCUUUUCAGUGUGAACCUGGAUAUACGCUACAGGGGAACUCGCACAUUACCUGUAUGCCUGGGACCGUCAGACGAUGGAACUACCCACCUCCUCUCUGCAUUGCUCAAUGUGGAGGAAUCCGAGAGGAGAUGGAGGGCAUGAUUCUCAGUCCUGGUUUCCCUGGCAACUACCCUAGCAACAGUGACUGCACCUGGAGAAUCUACCUGCCAGUUGGUUACGGAGCCCACAUGCAGUUCCUUAACUUCUCCACCGAGGCCAACCAUGAUUUUCUUGAGAUUCGCAAUGGGCCCCUUGACACAAGCGCUGUUAUUGGCCGAUUUAGUGGCCAGGAUAUUCAGUCGUCCCUUCUCACCACUUCCCAUGAGACCACAGUAUAUUUCCACAGCGACCACUCGCAGAACAAACCAGGGUUCAGAUUCGAGUACCAGGCUUAUGAGCUUCAGGAGUGCCCCGAUCCAGAGCCUUUCCGCUAUGGGGUGGUGGUGGGUGCCGGCUUCAAUGUGGGACAGUCUAUUUCCUUUGAGUGUCUGCCCGGGUACCAGCUAGUGGGACAUUCCAUCCUCACCUGUGAGCAUGGAACAACCCGCAAUUGGGAUCACCCUUUCCCUCGCUGUGAAGUGCCGUGUGGUGGGAACAUCACAUCAGACAAUGGGACUAUUUUCUCCCCUGGUUACCCAGAGGAGUACCCAAGCUCUGCUGACUGCUCCUGGCUGAUCACUGUGGCUCCUGGCUUUGGCAUCAAACUCAACUUCACCCUGCUUCAGGUUCACGGGCCACACGACUUCAUAACUGUAUGGGACGGUCCUCAGGAGACAGCCAGGAAACUGGGAGUAUUCACUGAUGGAGAGCCAAAUGAACCGCCCAGUAGCACGUCCAAUCAGGUGCUGAUACGUUUCCGUAGUAACACAGAGAAGGGUGGACUGUUUCGUAUCGGCUAUCAAGGUUACAGACUGCAGUUCUGCCUGCCACCCUCUAUCAUUCCGAAUGCUGAGAUCCUGAUGGCAAGCAAAGAAUUUAAAAUUGGUGAUAUAGUCCGCUACAGAUGUCUUCCAGGCUACCAGUUAAGUGGAAACAGCAUCCAAACCUGCCGCCUGGGAACACACCUGGAGUUUGAGGGUCCUCCGCCCUCGUGUGAUGUGACUUGUCCCAUGAAUGAGAUACUGACCGCCUCCACAGGUGUUAUCAUGAGUCAGUCACCUGGCAAUGGUUUCCCCCAUUUCGAGUCCUGCUCCUGGGUGGUAAAAAUAGAACCUGGCUACAACAUCACAUUCACGAUUGAACACUUCCAGACCAGCCGUCAGUUCGACGAGCUUGAGAUCUUUGACGGCCCAUCUAGACAGAGUCCUCUCCUGAUUACCCUGAGUGGAAACUAUUCCAGCCCACUGAGCAUCACCAGCUCCAGUAACAAAGUCUACCUGCACUGGUCCUUCGACCACACAACCAGCCACAAGGGUUUUCGCAUCCGCUACUCAGCGGCCUACUGCAGCCCACCAAGUAACCCUAUAAAUGGCACGGUGCACAGUCUGACUGGGACUAAACUUGGCAGCACCCUCCGUUUCAACUGUGACCAGGGCUUCAGGCUCAUCGGACAGAGCAGUGCCACCUGCACCAGAACUGCACAGGGGAUCUACCAGUGGAAUGCACCAGUGCCUCUUUGCCAAGUCAUGUCCUGUGGAAUGCCAGUGCCUCCUGUGAAUGGCAGUAUCGUGGGCCAGGACUUCUCUUUAGGAGCCCGAGCUACAUACAGGUGUAACCCAGGAUUUCGUCUCUCUGGACCUGUCACCACCUCAGUCAUCUGUCAGGAAUCUGGAAGGUGGAGUCCCAUCGAGGCCCCGCCCAGAUGUAUUCCGGUGACCUGCCCUGACAUUGGUCACUCUGCGGUGGAGCAUGGGAGAUGGAGGUUGAUCUAUGGGACUCAAAACCAGUAUGACGCUAUACUGAUGCUUAUAUGUGACCCUGGAUAUUACUACCGGGGUCAAAGGGUCAUUCGCUGCCAGGCAAACAGCACCUGGAACUAUCCAGAUCCAAGCCCGGCCUGUGAGAUCAUCUCCUGUGGGGAUCUUGGGACUCCACCAAACGGAAACAAGAUCGGAACUCUGACUGUGUAUGGAGCCACUGCCAUUUUUUCUUGCAACACAGGAUAUACCUUGGUGGGCUCUCGGGUAAGAGAGUGUAUGUCCAACGGACUCUGGAGCGGAACACAGGUCCAAUGUUUAGCUGGCCAUUGUGGCACCCCAGAGCCAAUAGUGAAUGGACAGAUCAUUGGAGAGAAUUAUAAUUAUCGAGGCAGCGUUGUGUAUCAGUGCAACCCAGGAUUUCGUCUCAUUGGGGUUUCUGUGCGGAUCUGUGAACAAGAUCAUCGCUGGUCAGGACGCACUCCAGUCUGUGUCCCGAUCACAUGUGGUCACCCUGGAAACCCCACCUUCGGUUUGACCCAAGGAACUCAGUUUAACUUAAACGACCUCGUGCGCUUUGUCUGCAAUACCGGAUACGUUCUUCAGGGAGCUGUGAAAUCAACCUGCCAGUCCAAUGGGCAAUGGAGCAACGCCCUCCCAAGGUGUAAAAUUGUGAACUGCACAGAGCCAGGCCAUGUAGACAACAGCAUUAGGCAGAUACUGCCCAGUGGGCCGCAUCGCUACAGCUUCCAGACAACUGUGUCGUACAGCUGUAACCCGGGCUACUACCUGCUGGGAACCAGCUCCAUCUCUUGUCAGGGGGACGGUACCUGGGAUCGCUCCCUGCCAAAGUGUCUGUUGGUGCUGUGUGACCGCCCAAGCAUGCCUCCCUACGCCCAGAUCUCAGGAGACCGUCGGACAGUAGGCUCAGUUAUCCGCUACAGCUGCAUCGGCCAGCGUACUGUCAUCGGCAACACAACGAGAAUGUGCCAGCUGGAUGGCCAGUGGAGCAGCUCGCCACCACACUGCUCCGGUGAAUCAGUCGGACUGUGUGGAGAUCCAGGUGUUCCUGUACAUGGUAUCCGUCUGGGAGAAGAGUUCACAGUCAACAGUGUUGUCCGCUUCAGCUGUGAGCCUGGUUAUAUGCUGAAGGGUUCAGCCGAGCGAACUUGCUUUUCCAAUGGGACCUGGCUCGGCACCCAACCUGAGUGUCAUGUGAUCUCUUGUGGAAACCCGGGAACCCCGAGGAACGCCCAGAUCUUGAUCCACGAUGGCCUAACAUUUUCCAGAUCCAUUACCUACACUUGCAGGGAGGGCUACUACUCCACUGGACUGCUCACCCGACACUGCACUGUUAACGGAACCUGGACAGGCAACAUGCCUGAGUGCUCUGUAAUCAACUGUGCUGACCCUGGAGUACCAGCUAAUGGGCUGAGGCUGGGCAAUGAUUUCAACUACAACUGCACAGUCAGUUUCCAGUGUGCUCCUGGUUUCAACAUGGAUGCUGACCGAGCCUCCACUCUUAUCUGCACCAAGGACCGCACCUGGAAUGGCACCAAACCUCACUGCAAAGCGAUCGUGUGUGGUCCACCACCUACCAUCCCUCAAGGACAGGUUGUCGGUACAGACUUCACCUGGGGCUCUAGCAUCAGCUACUCUUGUAACCAAGGUUACCAGCUGUCCCUUCCCACUGUGUUAACAUGCCAGGGCAACGGCAACUGGAGCGGAGAGAAACCCCAGUGCUUCCCGGUGUUCUGUGGAGACCCCGGUAUGCCAGCCCAGGGGAGGAGGGAGGAUCGGGGAUUCACUUAUCUCUCCUCUGUGUCCUUCUCCUGCUACUCUCCCCUCAUCCUGGUGGGCUCUACCAGAAGAUAUUGUCAGUACGAUGGCACCUGGAGUGGCACACAGCCCUCUUGCAUUGAUCCCACUCACACUACUUGUGGAGACCCUGGCAUUCCUCUCUUUGGAAAUCAAAACAACAGCCAAGGCUAUCAAAUCAGCAGCACUGUGUUCUUCAGCUGCAGAAAGGGCUAUUUACUCCAGGGCUCGAUUUCUCGCACUUGUCUCCCCAACCUUACUUGGAGUGGUUUUCAGCCUGAGUGCAUUGCCCACCAUUGCAGCCAACCAGAGCUGCCAGCCCAGUCUGAUGUGAGAGCCAUUGAACUGCCAUCCCUUGGCUACACGCUGAUCUAUACAUGUCAGCCUGGCUUCUACUUGGCGGGAGGAUCAGAGCACAGGACAUGCAGGUCUGAUGGGAGCUGGACUGGGAAACAACCUCUCUGUGCAGCUGAUAACCGCCCAAGUGGUAAGAGCCCAGUGGGGACAGUGCAAGAGCCACCCUCCAAAUUACCAGUCCCAGGUGGUGUCUUUGCUAAGAACUCUCUCUGGAGGGGAUCCUAUGAGUACCUGGGGAAGAAGCAGCCGGCUAUGCUAAGCAUCACUGCCUUUGAACCCUUCAGCAACCGGGUUAACGGGACACUCAUCGACCACAGCGGAGUGGAACUCAAACUAGCUGGCACUUAUAAAAGGGAGGAAGCUCAGCUGCUGCUUCAGGUCCACCAGAUCAGAGGCCCUGUGGAGAUCUUUGUCAACAAGUUCAAAAUAGAUAACUGGGCCUUAGAUGGACAUGUGUCCUAUAUCGCUUCAUCCAACUCCUUUGUGUACCAGGGAUUUGUCAGAGGAAAAGGCUUUGGCCAAUUUGGUCUCCAGAGACUGGAGAGUUUAGAUCCGAGCAAAGACAACCCCGGCUACAACUUUGCGUCAAACAGCAGUUCAGUGGCAGCAGCCAUCCUAGUGCCUUUUAUAGCAAUGAUCAUUGCAGGCUUCGCUCUGUACCUCUACAAGCAUAGAAGAAGACCCAAAGUCCCCUUCAAUGGUUACGUGGGCCAUGAAAACACCAAUGGACGAGCUACGUUCGAGAACCCUAUGUAUGACCGCAACAUCCAGCCCACUGACAUCAUGGCCAAUGAGACAGAGUUCACAGUCAGCACAGUGUGCACAGCCGUAUAGCAACCGCUUCCUCCUGAGUGAGGGAAGGAGGAGUGCACCACAUUCUUCGCCUGCCUACGGAGGACGUCCAUUGUUCCUUGAGCAGAAGCCUUCAAAGAUUAUUUUAUUCACUGAAACACAUUCAAGAAACAUCUCCAGUGGAAAGGCUCUUACCUGCAGGAGGCAAGAAAAAAAAUGGAACCAUGUGAAGACAAUGACUGUAUCUAAUUCCAACUCCAACAUGCUUUUAUAACUUCACAUGGUUUCUUGAUCAUUUUCCAUAUUUAAGGGAAAUAUUUCACCUGACACUGCAGCUGGCCGGAGUGAUGCUGGAAGCAAAGCUGUGAUGACUUUUCUCACCACCCUCCGCCUAAACCCAAAGGGAAUUUAUAGGUCAACUCUAAGUCAAGAAAUUGACCAGUAGCUAACAGUGAUCUCUGUGCAAGUGAACUGUAAGGCAGGCAGCCCUGUGUUGGCCUUUAUGAGUCAAAGAGAGACAGUCUGGACUGUUUUCCAUUUACUUUUAUAUUUCCCUGUUUUUUUUUCUCUUCACAUGGCGUGCUUUAUGUGAUGAGUAAUUGGGAACCCUGUUUUCCUAAACCGUCUGCUCCUGAGGCUGCUUGAAAGGUUUCAUCAGAGGCCUGAGCUUCUGGCUGAGAAUGAAUAAAAAAUUCAGUAACUUUUGAAGGCCAUAUUGGAGACAGAUUUUAACAUUACAAUUUACUUUUAGAGCAUUUUUUUCAUGCAGAGAUGACUCUCUGCUGGAUGAGGCAGCUGUGUCCAGAGCAUGGGUUUAAAGGUAGCUAUGGCUGCUGAAAAAAGCACUUAGUGAAGGUGUUGAGCGAACUUAUGUGAGAGAGAGAGAGAGAGAGAGAGAGAGAGAGAGAGAGUGUACUUGCAUGUAGGUUGUGCACACGUUUGUAACGGCAGCAUCUGCAAUCCAUGCAAAAUAACUGCUGUCUGUUUUGGCCCCAAAGAUUUCACCAAACAAACCACCUUUUAUUUUGAAGAAGAAAGUGAGAAUUGGUUUUAGGUUCAUUACAAUAUCUAAAUGCUCUGGACCAGAACAAACAAAUGACGAUGUAAAGAUCCUCUAAGAAAAUGAAAUCCCAGGUAGUGUCUAGCUCCAACUUUUGUCCACUGCCUCUUUUUGUUGAUGGCGAUUCAUUCACCCUCCAUUGUUGUGUCAGGGACAGACUGACUGAUGCAUUUAAUUACAACCAAGAGUCAAUAGUCUGUUAUGCUUCCUGUAGGCAUUGGGUACCAUUGUCACACUGAGGCACCACAGGAGGAAAAAAAAAAACACAGGCUGUCUCAAAGGAGGGACGGAAACUGCAGUGCAUUACAUUUCCAUGGAAAGCCUUUGGACCACGUCUUUUAUUUGUCUUCAUUACCAAAACUCAGAACAAGCUGUAGCACCAAGCAAAGGAGUAAAAAGUGGCACAUUCUCUUUGGAAAGGCUGCAAGUCUGAUGUCAAAACCUUCAACUUUGAGUUUUUCUUUUUUUUAACCCCGGAUAAACGUUCCCAUGGCUUGAAAGUGGUACGGACUGUAUCCCCUCUGAGAUAAAGACGCAGUAUGAGUGCUCUGAACUUGGCCCUAGGAAAACAGAGAUCACAAGUGUGGUCAUGUUUAAACUCCCACAAAAUGUCCAACUGAAGGCGCUUGAGUCUGAAGAAUGGAUGAGUCAGUGAACUGCUCCCCCUGGAUUACAUUCAGGUCUUUUCCUCCAAGCUAACUUCUGACAGCUCCAUUCUUUUAAAAGAGAGUAGUUGUUGCUUUGUUUUGCUUCUUCGCUCGUCAUGAAAACGUUGCAGAAGGCUUCCUCAGAGCUGUGACAGCAGGGGAGCUGCUGGCAUACUGAUUACUACGCCCAUGCAUUAAAUUGGAAAUGAUGAAUAUGAUAUGGGGGGAGAAAAAAAAAAACGUGUUUAUGCCUCUAAAGCUGACACUUCUCUAAUCUAUGGCAACUGGGGAGAAAUAUACAGAAAAUGUUGUUUUGAAUUGGCGACACAGGAGGGAUCUAGUCAUCAGAUUUAACAACAGGACAGUAGUGGAACGACAGGCAUGGUGACGAGGAAGAGUUCAAAAUGUGAACGCUUUUGUGAACCUCAUGAUGUGUGUAUGUGUGUGCAAAGUGUACGAGUAGCCGAUUCAAAGAGGAAACAGACUGCGUUUCAAACACCCUGCUCCCACCUAUUUUCCACUUUCUGUCCCUAUACCUUUGUAUCCUGUGGAUGCUGAGUGGGGUGAAUAGUGCUCAGAUUUCACUGCAGCAAAUUGAGCCAUUACAUGCAAUUUGGUUUAAUUUAGCCCUGCUUCACUGUGGAACCCAUAUUGAAUCCUGAAUUCAUCUUACUAUUACCACUGACAGGACACAUAGUCAAUUGAAUACUGUUUGACUCCAAAAAUACCCAAACUUCUUUUGAUUUGCAACUUUCACAUGUUUCCCUUCAUGUUAGAAGAAAAGGGAAAAAAUUGACUAACAUGUUUGUUUUUUGUUGUCAUUUUUAAAUAUAAAAUGCAGCUUUGUGGCUUUCACAGUCAUUUCAACCUCCAAACAAACAGGUUUUAUUUUUAUUUUUAAUGACACCUACAGUACAUAAUUUUUCUCAGAAAUCCAGGCCUUUCAAACCAAUCACUGUAUUGUUCCUUCAAUCAGUUUCGCUGUUGGUCGGUAAUUGCUUUUUACAAUUUUAUUACUUACAAAGCUCUCGCUUAUCUCGACAGUACAGAUAGAAUAUUGCCCCUUGCCUACUCAGGUCGUGAAUUGAUGGAAAAGGAAACGAUUGAAUUACCCUGGAGAUUUCACGGGAGAGGAGCAGUUGCACUCGCAUUAGCUUGAAGACAUUGUUACUCAGAUCUCAUAUUUUUGUGCGGCUGUUGCAUUGCACGGUUCAUUGUCUUAUUCUUGAAACGCUUCAAAUACUUCUAUCCCUUCAUUGCAUUCCCUUUAGUUUCUGUUGAGGUCACCUUGAUGUGAUCUUUCCCCCGUCAUUCAUUUCUCCCAUGUACACAUCUAGCACAUGAAACAACACAACCUAAAGCUGUGUUGGGAAUCAAACAAACUAAUGUGAUUAGCUAGUGGGAAAGGACAUGAUGCCCCUCACUCUCUGCAUGGAACAAAUUCUAUUCGACUCGUGAUAGGCUGUCAAACUGGACAAACAUUACACAGAAGCAUAAGCUAACACAACUAUGAUUGUUUAAACCAACAAGGGCUCAGUCUCAAGAAAAUCAAAUGGUUUCAAAGGACCAGACUCUUACCUUUUUUUCCCCAUGUUAUUUACCUCCACCAGUCUCCAAUAAGCACUUUACAUUCAUGAUAGUGCCUUGGUACAACCCCCUGAUAUGAUGAGAUGGCUCCAUCAUUUCUUUACAAAGCACGGGGGGGUUAUUGAAAGGUUUUUGUGUCAGAUAGAAAAUUAGAGUCGUUUUUUUUUUUUUGUCUGGUUUUCAGUCAAGUCUUUGUAAUAAUCUCUGCAUGUAUAACCCAGACACACUCAGAGAUGCGUCGACCGAAGAGGUGCUGUGCUCUCUGUGUUUGUAAUAUUUUAGGAGAAAAACUGAGCUUGUUCAUGUCAGAGAAACCAUCAAUUACUAUCCCUUAUGAAUCAGAAAUGAGCUCAACUGUACUGUAUCUUAGUGCGCAAGGAUCAGUGGCAUGGGUUUUUAUGUGCUUGCUUUGAGGGUUUGUGUGUUUUUGAGAGUUUAAAAGGUUACCCUGAAUAACCAAAGACAGUUAUCAAUCAUUAGCCAAAUUUGUUUCGAAAUGUCCUAAUCAACAUAAACUUUUAUGCAGGACUAAGAAUUUUCACUUAAUGGCAAUACAUCUAUAGAAAUAUGCUCCUUUUUAGUCAAACUAGGUUAGUCCAGAAAGUUCUCAAAGAAAGUUCAGUUCAGUUAAAUGACCAUGAGGAUGACUGAGUUCUGGAUAGAGCCGUGCUUUACGAUUUAGGGUAGAGUCUGCCUUGAUAGCAGCUGGCUACUUCCUGGUUCUCUUUUACUUAUUUUAAGACAGAAACUGGGUUCAUCCUUGGCUCAUUUCCGUUAUCAGUCAGACACAGCUCUGACUUCUCUCCUGCUCACCAUCACUUCUAACAUGAAACACAUCACAGCUAUGUUCUUUCACUUGGCACUGAGUUCACUGAAUCUUCUCACUGUCAGUGUUAGGCCAAAAAAAUGACCCGUUUCUUUAUGCAGUUAGAGCCCUCCGAUUUUGGCACAGGCCACAGUGAACAUGUACUGAAAAACCAAGCUAUCCAUCAGCCAUGCUGUGUGACAUAUUCUGCAUCAACUGUCGUUUGUAAUCGUCCAUCGUUCGUUGUCACCGCACAUCGAUGGCUAUACGACAAAGCCACACUAACUGCUGUGUUUUUCAGACCUAUUCCAUCCAAUUUGCUUUCACUAUUCAGCCCAUUUCAGUGUGUCUACGGGACUGAAGCAUGUUGGAGAGGGAACUGAGAUGUAUUUUUGAAAAGCUAUGGAGCUAAGAUGAAUUUGAUUCUAUAAAUGCAGAUAAGAGGGGACCAAUUGUGACAUCAUUUGGGAUCAGAUGAGUGCAGUUAUUACUGAAAACUACUGAAUGUAUUUCAUUUCACUGAGUGCAUCGAAAUUUAUUUAUCUGUACUGUGUUCAAUAUUUGUAACCCCACAACUGCUCCUCUGUCUGUGCGCAGUAAUGGAAAAUAUAUGCUUUGCCGAUGUGUGAACCUUGAAUUACAAACAGAAUGUCCAAUUUAUCUAUAGUACGAUCUUGCAAAAUAUUUACAGAGCUGCUUUUUAAUACCACAGUCUUUAUAUAUUCAUGCCACGGUCAUUACCUUUUUGUUUUCCAUGACAAUAUUUCAUGUCCAGUAGAUCUCUCAACUAGCCUCUGAAUGAGACUAGAGCUCAUAACAACCCAUAGCGCCUAAGCCAGACAAACACGGCCCUCGAACACCUCAACAAAACAACACAGUGAAAGACAAAGAUGCAGAGUCGAUCUCUUGCUGUACACCAAAAGGGUUACCUGUGAAGAAAUCGACUAACAUGGACGUCAGCAGACUGUGUGUAAGUACAGAGAGAAACUUUAAAAGGUGAAACUGUCUCUAAGAAAAGAGAAUAACGAAUAAAACUUUUUUUGUACAGAGAUAUAUUUUUAUGGAAAUACAUUUGUAAUAUAAAAAGAAAAAAUGGAUUGACAUAUAUGUAAAUGUUUUUCUUUUUCAUUAUUGUAGUACAAAUGCUAGUGGGGAGUAUAUGAAAAAUCUCUAUAUAUAAAUAUAUAAAUAUAUAUAUAAAUAUAUACAAAGAAAAAUAGAAACAAGGCUUUUUGUAUAUGUAAAAAAUAUUGUACAUAAAAGUUUACAUACAUACUGUAAAUAUGUAAGACCCACCAUGGCUUGUCUGCAAUAUAUAAAAUGUAUUUUAUCCGUCUGUAUAUGAUGCUUUGCAUUGUGUCUAAGCUUAUUCUACUUUCUUGAACUUGAAACUUAUUUUGAAAGUUUUGGAAUAAAAUAUAAAACCUA